CAACUGAGGUCGGUACGGUAGCGGAUUGCUUUGCUGUUGCAACAACAACAGAGUGCAAUGGAUAACUGAAUAACAACAACAAUAAAGCAACCAAAUAAAUAAAAAAAUAAUUUAUUAAAUGAAUUGAAGAAUUUAAAAGUAUUAUGUACCUUUUGUUGUAUUCGGCAAAACAAUAUUUUGCUUUUUGUUUUAUGAAAAAGAAAAAACAAUAUUGUUGUGUCGCGAGUGUCAAAGUGUUGGUGUUUUAGUGGGGGCCCCAAUGCAGCAAUAGCAGUCGUAGCAACAGCAAUUGAACACAAAUUUAAAGGAGAAAAAAUGUGAAAAAAUUAAAGUUGUAUAAAAAAUUGUAAAAUUGUCGAGAGACAAUUGGAAAAAAAAUAAAUGAGUCGGAAUAAAUAACGACGGGGCCGAAGUAAAAGUGAAGUGGCAAGCAACGAAUAUUUUUGGAAAAUAUCGAAAAAUCAGAUAAUAAAAUAAGAAAUAAAGAAGUUUUUGAAGUAAUCCCAAAAAUGAAAAUUGAAAGCUCAAAUGGAAAGAAAAAAAGAAAUGCCUGAAAAUAAAUGAAUAUAUGGUUGGGAGGCUCCAAGAAUAAGUGCCGUAUCAAAGAAUGUGUAUUUAAAGGUGCAAGCGGAAGAAAGACGAGUUGCUCCAGCGACGACGACGACGACAACUAUUCAAACCCCGCUUUCAUGUAUGGGGCUGGGCGUUGUAUUUGUAAAUUCAUCUCGACAUAAAAUUCACAAUACAUUUGUUGUUAAUGAAAACCAAUAAAUUUUUUUAAACGAAAAUCCGUGUUUUCGUUGGUAGAAAAAAUCUAAAAUUAUUAAGAAGAAUUAGUAACAAUUGAUUACAACUUCCUUUUUGUGGUUAAAUUCUUGUUUCGGUGUCUACAACCAGUGCGAAUGACAUAAAAGGAAAUUCGAGAAAAGCAUAAAACGCGACGACGACGACGACGGCAACGACGUUCUUUAAGAAAGAAUAUAAAAGAGAGAUAGAGUUUGAAAAAAAGUUAAAACAUCCAUAACAAGGGAAAUGAUAUCGCCAACUGUAGAGACAGUGAGAAAAUAUUUAAUUAUUUCCCUAAUUAAUGGAUGAGUGCGAAAAAUACUUGGCUUUUCAUUGGGAAACAUUGAAAAAAUCUAGAACACCACCUUUUACCUUGCAACCACCCACCCACCACCACCACCAGCAUUUUGUAGUUGCGUUUUAUACGCCUCUUCAUUGUUGCGCUCUCUAUAUCUCUUUCGGUGCGGUGUUUCUUGCUCUCUUUCGCUUCGCGUAUAACAUCGUAAUUACUUUUACAAGUGACAGCCAGCAGCGCGGCGCAGUCUAGCAGCCAGCCUUUUGUAUGUGUACUUCAUCCUUCGUGUAAUCCUCUCGCUCUCCCCUUGUUUUGCCGCACCGUACGCCGCGUGUGUCUACCAGUUGUUGUUUUUUUCUUCUUCUUCUACCUCUCCUGAAUGGGGAGUAGAGACGACAGCGACGACACGUUCGACAACACAACAGAUAGAAGAAUUAUACACAUUUUUUGUGCGGCAGAGGCAGCAGAUUGAAGUAAAAACAUUCUUUCACCGUUCCAUUCUUUGCCUUGGGACAAACCCUUGGAUUCCACUCGCCACUCGUCGCCACUAUGGGUGCUCAGCAAGGCAAAGAACGUGGCUCGCAUUCAAGUGGCAGCCAUGGCGGUACCGCCAGCUGUAUUGGCGUAUCCAGUAGCAGUCCCGUUGGCUCCCAUGGCCUGCCUGUUAAUGCUUUGGGUGCUGGCUCGACGUUGCGAGGAUCGCGCAUCAAAUCUUCGGCACCUCCAGCAGCUGUUGCUGGUGGCUUGCACCGUUCGGUAGGAGGUGGUGUCUCUGCUUCAUCAUCGUGUCAUAAUCCAAAAGAUAAUCGAUGUGCGCCAAUUGGAAUGAAUAUCUUUACAGAACAUAAUGGUACACUACACAGAAUUCCACACCGUGAUACAGGAAAAUAUCAAAUUAAUUUAGAAGCUCUCCUGCAAUCACGUCCCCUGCCACACAUACCACCCGGUUCGACAUUAUUGGGUGGCGUCAGUGAUUCUUCCGAUUUGUUGGGCCAAAGUCAGGAUGGCAUCUCACUACACACAACACAAUCACAUAGUCAAGGACAUAGUUCUACAACAUCAGGUUUUGAAUCUGCCCACAGAUGGACUUCCAAAGAAAAUCUCCUAGCACCCGGUCCCGAGGAGGAUGAUCCUCAGUUGUUUGUGGCUCUCUACGAUUUCCAGGCGGGCGGCGAAAAUCAACUCAGUCUAAAGAAAGGAGAACAAGUUCGCAUUUUGUCAUACAACAAAUCGGGUGAAUGGUGCGAAGCACAUUCCGAUUCGGGUAAUGUUGGCUGGGUGCCAUCAAACUAUGUGACACCCUUGAAUUCCUUGGAGAAACAUUCCUGGUACCAUGGACCCAUAUCAAGAAAUGCUGCUGAAUAUCUGCUUAGUUCCGGUAUUAAUGGCAGCUUUUUGGUAAGGGAAAGUGAAAGUUCGCCCGGCCAAAGAAGUAUUAGUUUAAGGUAUGAAGGACGUGUUUAUCAUUACCGCAUCUCCGAGGAUCCAGAUGGUAAAGUCUUUGUUACAGCUGAAGCCAAAUUCAAUACUCUAGCCGAACUGGUACACCAUCACAGUGUACCCCAUGAGGGCCAUGGACUGAUUACACCCCUCUUGUAUCCAGCACCAAAGCAAAAUAAACCAACAGUAUUCCCUCUUAGUCCUGAACCGGAUGAGUGGGAAAUUUGUCGCACUGAUAUUGUUAUGAAACACAAAUUGGGUGGUGGCCAAUAUGGCGAAGUGUAUGAAGCCAUAUGGAAGCGCUAUGGCAAUACUGUUGCAGUCAAAACUCUUAAAGAAGACACAAUGGCCUUGAAGGAUUUCCUUGAGGAGGCAGCCAUUAUGAAAGAAAUGAAACAUCCAAAUCUAGUGCAGCUUAUAGGCGUCUGCACCCGGGAACCUCCAUUCUAUAUAAUCACCGAAUUUAUGUCUCACGGAAAUCUGUUGGAUUUCCUACGCUCAGCCGGUCGUGAGACUUUGGAUGCUGUUGCUCUACUAUAUAUGGCUACACAGAUAGCGUCGGGCAUGAGCUAUUUAGAAUCUCGAAAUUACAUACAUCGUGACUUGGCAGCCCGUAAUUGUUUGGUGGGUGAUAAUAAACUGGUAAAGGUGGCCGAUUUUGGUUUGGCUCGUCUGAUGCGUGAUGACACCUAUACAGCACAUGCGGGCGCCAAGUUUCCCAUCAAAUGGACCGCCCCCGAGGGAUUGGCCUACAAUAAGUUCAGUACGAAAUCGGAUGUAUGGGCAUUCGGUGUUCUACUGUGGGAGAUAGCCACAUACGGUAUGUCACCAUAUCCGGGCAUUGAUCUAACCGAUGUCUUCCAUAAGCUGGAGAAAGGCUAUCGCAUGGAAAGACCGCCAGGAUGUCCACCCGAAGUGUAUGAUCUAAUGCGUCAGUGUUGGCAAUGGAAUGCGGCGGAUAGACCGACAUUUAAGAGCAUACAUCAUGCUCUGGAACAUAUGUUUCAGGAAUCAUCUAUAACAGAAGCGGUCGAAAAGCAAUUGAAUUCCACGACGACAACGACAAACAUCGCUCAAAGUUUAACGCCACAAAUGGCCAAAAAGGGUAUACAAGGCAAUACACAAACGACCGUGAUAGGAGGCGGCAAUGGCAGCGGUAACAGUGGUGGAGGUGGUCUUACACCAGGUGGUCAUCACGAUCAGCAAGCCAGUACACCAAUGUCGGAAACUGGUUCAACAUCAACAAAAUUGUCCACAUUUUCUAGUCAAGGCAAGGGAAAUGUUCAAAUGCGCAGAACCACCAAUAAGCAGGGCAAGCCGGCGCCAGCUCCACCCAAAAGAACAAGCCUCCUGUCAUCGAGUCGUGAUAGCACCUAUCGUGAUGAAGACCCCACUAGUGCAUCCACACGUCAACUGAUCGAUGAAAUGCACACAAAUGGUAAAACUGUUUACAGAUCGUUUACCCUAAGUAGAACUACUUGUAGACCCCUACAUUCGACCUAUUAUUCUGCUUCAAACAACAACUACAACAACAAUAUCAGCAAAAACUAUUGCAAUAAUCAUAAUAACAAUCACAACGACAACAACAACAAAUCAUUUGUUGUCAAUCCCCCCAAUUCUUUGUGUACACAAAAGUUACUGAAAAACGAAAUUCAAAAUUCGCUUCCCUCCAAUCCUCCACGAACGGGGUUUGCUAUUAAAAAGUCCUCCUCAUGCAGUAGUUUUCUAGUUGAUAUAUUAUUUCGAGGUAUUUGUCCGAAGCGCAGUAAGAUGAAAUGUCUGACUCGUGAUAUUAACAAUCUCAAUCAACGCUAUGACUCCGAGAAUGAUAACACCGGCCAUCCGGAUACGGACAAUACUGCGGAUAGUUUGGAACCCAAUGUGCCAACUCAUCACCAACAACAACAGCAGCAGCAGCAACAUUCCAUGCAUUCUGGGAAUAACAUAGCGGCGCGGGGAGCCCAAACACAUUCCUCGUUCAAAAGACCCACACCUGUGAUGGGCAAUCGGGGUCUGGAAACAAGGCAGAGUAAACGAUCUCAACACUCCAGGCCAGAAGCAACGAAUCAAAAUAUGAGCGGAGCUGCUCAACCCAUACAGGUGGGCGCUCUGGAGGUUAUGAAUGUUAAACGGGUGGUCAAUCGCUACGGCACACUGCCCAAAGUGCAGAGAAUCGGACAAUUCUUAGAUAGCCUGGAGGAUUCCAAUGACGUCACAUCGGGCAUUCCCACGCCACAACAGAAUAAUAAUUGUGUAACCAAUGGACACAGUGGCCGCGUAUUAAAUGUUGGAUCCAAGAACCAUGCUGCUGUGCCUCCUUUGGCUGCGCCCUUGCCACAGCAAAUGAUUCGCAGCAACUCGUCGGGCGGCGUUACCAUGCAAAAUAGUGCUUCGGCCAGCCUGAAUAAAUUGCAAAGACAUCGCACUACCGCCGAUGGCAGCAGCAUGAUGACCUUCUCCUCGUUCCGGGGCAGCAGCUCGAAUAGUUCCCCCAAAAGAAGUCAGCAACCGGCAUUGGCCAAUUUGGAAUUUCCUCCACCGCCGUUGGACUUGCCACCGCCUCCGGAGGAAUUUGAAACAUUACCUCCACCGCCACCACCGCAGCCAGAAUGUGAUAUUGUUCCUCCUUUCGCUAUGCACACAACACAGCAGCAGCCACAAUAUUCAUUGGGAAAUGUGUCGGCCAAGACUAGCUGUAACGAUGUGUCCAACACGGCACCCAGUGUGGAGGAGGCCAGCUCCAGAUUUGGUGUGUCCUUAAGGAAGCGAGAACCUUCCACGGACUCCUGCAGCUCGCUGGGCAAUCCGGCCGCCCCUCUAGCUGCCGACAAUAACAAUGGCAAUCAAACUCAAGAAACUAACAUGAAAGAGAAGCUCAUGGCCGAAAUCAAAGAUAGGCAAGUCAAGGAAAAUAAUACAGCCUCUGCCAACAUACAGAAUGGCAAUGCCAGCGGCGUUGAUCCCGUUUCACUUCUAGUUAGCGAAUUGGCUGAAAGCAUGAAUUUGCCCAAUAAACAAACCAAAAAUGCCCCAAACAUGCCAGCCCCCAAAUCGCCGGCUGCAGUGGACAACACGGCCACCAGUAAUUCAAACACCUUUAAGGCCCAACUGAAAAAGGUAGAACCUAAGAAACUACCGACGCCCACCCAAAAGCCUGAGACUCAGUCAAAUAUUAUCGACUUCAAAGCGCAUCUGCGCAAGGUGGAGACUAAGUCAACCAACGAUGCAAAAGACAAAGAACCCAAAAAAGACUUUGAAAAAGACGUUAGCAAUCAAGCAACAAAGACGACAGCAAUUCCAACGACAACCAAUUCCAAAUCGACCCUGAAUCGCAAAGAAGACGCGAAAUAUUCUACAGCCACAGCUACAGCAACGGUAACGGCGGGAGCCCCUAAUGCGGGACAUCAAACACAAAAGACUGAAAUCAAAAUUGAUUUGCAAACUCAAACCACACUGCAAUCCCAAAAUGCCAACAACUCAAAUGCCAAUGUGACAGCAGACAACAGCGGAGGGGCUGCAGAAACCCCCCUCCAGACACAAGGCGAAACGGCGGAGGGUGGUAAGAGACGUAGUACAGGUAGUAUAAAUAGUUUGAAAAAAUUAUGGGAGCAACCGGGACAAAGCCAGCCUGAUUAUGCAUCCACACAGAAUAUGCAAGGAAAUGCCAGCACGAGUAGCGCAUCAAAUCAAUUGUCACCAAAAUUUGCAUUUAAACCCUCUGCUGGUGGACUGACGACGCCCACUGCUGCCGCCAGCGCCAAUAAUUCGUUAUCCAACUCCAACACCAUCUCCACCACCACCACCACCACCAACAACACCAACUCCACUAGCAACAAUAUGCAUCAACGCACUCAAAUUUCACCACGAUCUAGCAAUAAUAAAUUACCACCACCACCCAUGCAACCCCCACCACCACCUCCUCCCCAACAGCAACAACAACAUCAAAUACAGCAUCAUCACAAUUACCAACAGUCCAAUAGUUCCCAUGCCACCAACAUCACCUCCACCUCCACCAACUCAGCAAUUACACAUUUAACCAAUUCCAUUUCAACACAAUUUACAGAACUCACCACUCACAGCAACAACGGCAUUGCCAGCAACAACACCACAUCAAGUGAUCAGCAGCAGCAGCAGCAGCAAGAAAAUGCCACCACUCACCCCAAUAAUGAUCUCAUGACACAAUCAAUGUUCGUAGAGAACACCAGUGCGACGACGGGCAACAAUAAGCUCCUCACCACAUCGACCAUAAACAAACCGGCCGUACCACUGAAACCCACCAAACUCACCAUCUAUGCCACACCCAUGGGCCAGAAAAUCGCUUCGGCCGGAGGCAACACCGACAUUUCGACCACCUCGGCCCACACGACGACACCCAACUCCACCCAAAUAUCCCGCGAAAGCAUUUUGGAGUUGGUCGGCCUGCUGGAGGGGUCCCUCAAGCAUCCUGUGAAUACCAUAUCGGCCUCACAAUGGCUGCAGUUAAGUGAUAAACUGAACAUCUUACAGAAUUCCUGUGUCGUUUUCGCCGACAACGAGUGCAUGCCGCCACAUUCGAAAUUUCAUUUUCGCGAAUUGGUUACGCGCGUCGAGACACAAUCACAGAGUCUGCGAAUAGCGGGCACAAAAAAUGUCCAGGACAAUGAGCGUUUGGUGGGUGAGGUUGGCCAAUCACUAAAACAGAUAACGAAUGCAUUGCAUAGGUAAAUAUUAAGAAAUGGGGUGGGCGGGGAAUUGUGGUUAGAUUCAGAAGGGAAUUUCAUAAAACGACAGAAAUGAGUAAGGAGUACCCAUGCGGGCCUCGCGCUCAUUCUCUGUCCAACUGGCUUUUAAGGGUGGCAACAAUAUCCAAAGAUCCCCAAAAAAAACAGACACAAAUGUAUUUUUAAUGUUAAGGCUGCUUUAGGCGUUCCAUAGAAAUUCCCUUCUAAAUCUUAAGAAAAUCAGAAGAAGAUAACAAAAAAGAAAAACACAUUGUCAAGGAUAUAAUGAAAAGGCCCAUAAAAUAUGUAUGUAUGUGAUUACACCAAGUUGACCAGAAGUAUGAAAAGCUCAAUGUUUGAAGUAACCGCUCGAAGAAAGAGUGAGUCUGAGUGAGUGAGAACACAGACAUUUAUUCUGACUUUAGCAGUAGUAUCAGUACCCUCUUUUUCCCUUAAAUUGAAAAAAAUUGUUUGCAUAUCAUUGCGAUUCCAACCCCCUGUGCUUUCGUUUGCAACGCUAACAAGGAAGAAGUGUUAGAUUCAGGCUUCAGUAUGAGUCAAGAGUCAUCCCUGGUUCCGAUACAAGUCUGUCAUUCGAUUUAGACUUUCAAUUGCAGGCUACUACAGCUGAGUACACAGAAAAAAAUAAAAAUCGAUUUCAAUCACCAAACAAAUUGAUCAAAAAAAAAAAUAUUAUACAAAAUAUUGUUCACCGUUUCUAAAAACGGCAAUUGAAAAAAUUUCAAAAAAUUAUUGAAAUUUUUGAAUUUGCAUAUAUUUUUUUAGUUUGUCUAUAUUAGAAAAACAAAUAUUGAAAAUUAAAAAAAUAUUCAAAUUCUUUAUAAAAGUCAACAAAAUAUUCCGGUGUGACCUUGGUUUCGUCAAAAAUAGUUUUUCCUUUUCACAUUCGUUUCACCAAAUAAAUAUUUAGGUGACCGCCAAUUCACACGAAAUAAUUUUUUCGAACUCACAGUUCGAAAUAUUAAAACACAUGUUUUGCCUGCAAAUUCAUACAAUUUGCAGAAACAAAGGUAAACAAAAGUUAGAAAGGCUGUGUGUCGAAUGGUAGCAAAGUUGAAGGGAUAGUAAACAUAUGACGUUACGUGUGGUGAAUAAUCAUUGAGUAGCCCAGGGGCUAGUAAGAUUUUUGACUCAGCACAGCAAAUUUUGACGUUUCAUUCAAGAUAUAUUCAUUUACAGGUAAAGGCAGUUGCCCAACAACAAAAUAUUGAGUACACUAUCUGUCAAAAUCAGUGCUUGGUGCGACUCUGAUUUUGUGUAUGUUACUAGUUCGCGCCAUUUUUUGUUGUUUUUGUGUGCUAUGGUUCUUAACUAUAAUACACACACACAACCAAAACUCAUUGGCAGAUAGUGUACUUCGCGAGAAAAGAUUGUACUGCGCUGUUUACGGUACACUAACUGGUAGUUAUGUCAUGGUUUCAUUGAGCAAAGUCCCAUGUCAGUAAUUGCGUGCGUGCGGUAUAACUUAGCCGUCUACAUUGUGGGCAGACGUCACAAACGACUUAUUUGACAUUAAAUAAGUAAACUUAUUGUUUAUUAUCAUUGGCAACGGGAUUCGAAAAGGUUGUUUAAUAAUAAUAAUGGACACAUAUUAACAGUAAUGUGCUUGUAGUUUAUUGAAAUGAUGGCGCCGCCGAUUAGUGAUUUUUCUAUAACGGCGUCAAUAGUUUGUUUACCUGGCAUGAGUUUCAUGCAAAAAAUUAAUAAAAAAAAUAGAAGCAAAUUUUUAUUUGCACUCAUUUUUCGUGAAGUAAUGGUUCCUGAGGAAGGUUCCAUGCACAAAACUUCCUAAAAUUGGUAAAGAAUUAAUACAGAUGUCUUUUAAAUAACAUUACUUAUCUUACUCGCCGUGUUUUCCUCUUUUCCAAAACAAGACCAAAAAUAUCUCAAUAUGGGGCAACGUUCGCAUAUGCAAUAUAACUAGCUAGCUAGCAGUAAUCAAGACAAAUUUAACAGGUAGGAGCAGUUGGCCAACAACAAAAAAUUGAGUGCACUAUCUGUUAAAAUCAGUGAUUAGUGCGACUCUGAUUUUGAGUAUGUUACUAGUUGGCGCCAUUUUUCUUUGCUUGUGUGUGCUGUGGUUCUUAACUAUAAAGCACCCACACAACCGAACGUUAUGAAAUCUCGUUGACAGAUAGUGUACUUCGCGCGAAAAAAUUGUACUCAGCUGUUUGCUGUACACUACCUGAAUAAAUUUGUCUUGGCAGUAAUGGAAAAUAUCUUGGAAAAAAGUCCAUUACGCAAAAAAUUAUUAUUUGCUGACUUUUUCCUGUUGUUGUUGUUGUUGUUGUAGCAGUUUAUUGUGUACUAUCUUUCGUCUGCUUGAUUCUGUUGAGUGUCAAGACCCAGGAACUCCGCGACUAAGAUGGGGUGCGUCCACAGGGAUCUGGGUCUGAGUCGAGUGGGUCUGGCCGGGCAGUUAAACAGGUGACGUGUAUCGUGCGGUCCCUGGUUACAGUCGGGACAUACAUCUUGCACGUCGGCAUCAAUCCUAGCUCUGUGGGAAUUGAGGCGGCUGCAUCUGCCGGAACGUAAUUGAGCCAGAAUCACUCUGGUUUGCCGGGGGAGGUCGAUUUCUUCGGGUGCAAUGGGUGGCGGUCGUACUCCAAGGACUACAUUCACCCGGUAGCCAGUUAACGCGUCUGCUACCGUGUCUGCAUGAAUGUUGUUCAGACCCGCUUGAUAUGUCGCUUGAUCUAGAGGUUCUCUCUUGUAGCGCUGGACCUCACGCUCUAGAUCAUGUAGAUCUACCUUAAGGCUUCUGGGCGGUGGGUAUCUAUCCACAAGAUGAUGAUUUGGAUGAUUUCUGCGAUAACAGCCCAAAAGGUAUUGCUUAGACAGCAUGUAGUUAUGUCUUCGCACUGGUAGGAUCUUUGUCUCCUGGUGGAGGUGGUCCCUGUCCCUUUUUCCUGUAUUAUUAUGUGGCGCAUAGCGGAUGUGCAUCUUGUUUACUUUUGAUUUUUGACAAACGUCAAAAUUGCAAAUUGAAAUUUUUUUCUCGCCAGUGAAAAAAACAACCCCCUACGUCAUUUUUACAUCUCGCCAUAAGAGAUUGCUUUCAUUCGACACACGCUCAAAGAAGAAAACCUUGGACUUGUAAUUUUUUUUUUAAAUUUUUUGGAAAUUUCGAAAUGCCUGCGGCUUGCUUGUUGUCUAUCUUGUGGAGACCAAAUUGUAGAUGUUUUUUAUACCCUCCACCAUAGGAUGGGGGUAUACUAAUUUCUUCAUUCUGUUUGUAACACCUCGAAAUAUGCCUCUAAGACCCCAUAAAGUAUAUAUAUUCUUGAUCGUCAUAACAUUUUAAGUCGAUCGAACGCACGCUAACUUUCGAAGGUGUAAAGCAAGUCGCUUAAAAUUUUGCACAAAUACUUUUUAUUAGUGUAGGUUGGUUGGUAUUGUAAAUGGGCCAAAUCGGUCCAUGUUUUGAUAUAGCCGCCAUAUAAAUCGAUCUUCCGUCUUGACUUCUUGAGCCUCUAGAGGGUGCAAUUCUCAUCCGAUUUGGCUUAAAAUUAGCAUGAGGUGUUUUGGUAUCACUUCCAACAACUGCGCUAAGUAUGGUCCAAAUAGGUUCAAAACCUUACAUAGCUGUCAUAUAAACCGCUCUUGGAUCUUGACUUCUUGAGUUGCUAGAGGGCGCAAUUCUCAUCCGAUUUGACUGAAAUUUUGCACAUGGCGUUUUGGUAUCACUUCCAACAACUGUGCUAAGUAUGGCGCAAAUCGGUACAUAACCUCAUAUAGCUGUUAUAUAAACCGAUCUUGGAUCUUAACUUCUUGAGCCUCUAGAGAGCGCAAAUCUCAUCUCAUAUUUUUUCUCAAAUAAAUAAAGAAAAAAUGAGCCAUUGAAAACAAGCUAAAAUGACAGCAAUAGUUUCAAGUGUUGUCAAUAUAAUAGUUUUUUUUUUCAUUUUCCUCACUAUAAACAGAGUACUACUUUUCCGCCUAUUUUCAGCAAACGUUUCGCCGACGUUUUUUGGGCCCAUAAAAGGCGCAUUCAUGGUCCGAUUUUGCCAAAAUUUGGGACAGUGAGUUGUGUUAGGCCCUUUGACAUGUUUCUUCAAUUUGGCUCAGAUCGGUCCAGAUUUGGAUAUAGCUGCCUAUAGACCGAUCUCUCGGUUUAAGGUUUUGGGGCCAUAAAAGGCGAAUUGAUUGUCCGAUUUCGCCGACAUUUGGGACAGUAAGUUGUCUAAGGCCCUUCGACAUCCUUCUUCAAUUUGACCCUGAUCGGUUCAGAUUUGGAUAUAGCUUCCAUAUAGAAGAGCUUUCAAAUUUGGUAUUGGUCGUUUAAGGUGAAAUGCCCAAAAGCAAUAAACACUUAACAAAGUUGAUUUUUCAAUUAAUUUUUUAAAACAAAGUACUUAUAUGAAUUGGAAAUGGAUGAUAUACAAACAUACAUGCAUACAUAUAAAAAGAACGUGGGCCAUUUAUUAUAUCUGAGACACAGGAAAUGCUACAUUUAUUUAACAAAAUUUUGUUUCGUAAUUUUAAUGUCUCGAAAACCACAAUUCAAAAUUUUUUCUUUUUAGUUUGUUUUUGAUUUUGAGUUUUCUUUUUUAAUUAACUAAUAAAGGUAUAUUAAAAUUAUUAUAAUUUUUAAGCUUUAGAACUACUUUAUACAUAAAUUUAUACUCUUAAAAUAUCGUCGUAUAUAAUAUAUAUUUUUCUUGAUCAUCUAUAUAAACACAGCAACAAAAAUGAUAUAUUUAUAAAAUCUAGUCAUAUAACAAACAAAACAAACAACAACAAAUAAU